GGCCUCCGCAACGCGGAAGUGCUGUCAACAACAACGCCGGUUGCAGCCGAAGGCGGCGGUGCCGAGAACGACGCGAUGGCCGAGAGCGAAGGCGCGCGAUACUGUCACAAAUGCUCCUACGUCUUCCUCAAAUUCAUGCUGUGCGCCUACGCCUUCAUCUUCUGGAUAAUAGGAGGAUUUAUCUUGAUCAUCGGCAUCUACGCCGAGGUGGAGAGGCAGCGCUACAAGACGCUGCAUGGAGUGUUCCUGGCCCCGUCCAUAAUCCUCAUUCUCCUGGGAAUCCUCAUGUUCGUGGUUUCGUUCAUCGGAGUCUUGGCUUGUCUGAGGGAUAAUAUAGGUCUGCUGAAAGUGUUCAUGUACACCCUGGCCGUGUGCCUGCUGCUGGAGCUGCUGGGAGGAAUCUUGGCUCUGCUGUUCCGCAACCAGACGAUCGGUUUACUCAACAAGAGCAUCCGAAAGGGCAUCGUGAACUACUACGAUGACCUGGACUUCAAAAACAUCAUGGACCAUGUGCAGAAGAAGUUCAAGUGUUGUGGAGGUAAAGAGUUUAAAGACUGGGAGGUCAACAUGUACCAUAACUGCUCUGCCCCGGGUCCGUCGGCCUGCGGCGUCCCCUACACCUGCUGCAUUGCUCCUAACCCUAAUGAAGUGACCAACACCAUGUGUGGGUACAAGGUUCUGGAUAAAGAGCGUUUACAGUUGAUCAAUACCAUUCAUAUCAGAGGCUGCACUGACGCCUUCUUCAUCUUUCUGAUGGACAACUAUAAGAUCAUGGCGGGUCUGCUGUUAGCCAUCCUGCUGCCACAGUUCACCGGGGUGAUCCUCGCCUGGCUGUACAUCACUCGUAUUGAAGAUUCCUCCCUCCAGACAGACGGGCUGCUCCCGGAGGACAGAGAAAUGAAGACCCACGGGCGCGUGACCAAUUGGUUCAUGUGUUUGCCAGUGUAUGACUGAGGAGCCUCUCUGGCCCACAUUCAGAGCUGGUCCUGACACAGCAGCUCCAGGUUCGCGUCCAGAACCACUGUGCUAAAAAAUUUAAAAAAACAAAAAAAGUUUUCUUAGAGAAUUAAUUUUUAGACUUUGAUAUAAAGUGUUUUUCAUUCAGCUUCACUGUUUGUAUGAGGGCCAAGUGUAUUAUUCAUUAUUGAGUGUGUUAAUAUAUAGUUUAUGGGUUGAUGCAUGAGUGCAUGUGUCUCAGGGAUAAAGAAAAAUAAUAAUAAGAUAUAUAUAAUGUGAUACAAAAUUUUAUUUUAUUCAUAACAAAUUUUCUUUCUAAGUUUCUUGCAACCUUUAUUUCUGCAGGACUCACUCAGGUAAACAGGAUAAGCUGAAGAUAAGGUAUAAUUAUCUGCAGUUAACAAAGUUGCCUUUGGAUUUGGCAUCAAGUCCAGAUGUUACACACGUGUCAUAGUAGUGUGAAUAAUGGGAAUUCAGUGGCACGCUGGAUUUUGUUUGCGUCACUGAUCACUGUCACAUGUCACCGUCUCAGCAUUUCUUCUCAAACCACAAAUGUAUGAACCAACCUUUGAUAGAAACAUAAACAUGGUGCAGAAUAACCGUCGUACCUUUAUCCUGCUAAUACUCAUACUCCUAACUGUGUACAGCAUGACAGACAUAUUACUGUAAGGAUGCAUGUAAAGUGCCAAGACUGCCUUUUAACAUAUGCAUUUCCAGAUAUUCGCCUCAGUUUGACUGUUUUGUUGCUGUUGCUUUGUGAAACCCUGGACGCGGUCUGCACCGCGCUCACGGUCACCGUGUGCCAGAGGAUCACGCGAAGUUGUUUUGCAGGUGGAAAAUAAAAUGACUAAACGCUG